AUGCAUCUCUUCCGCCGAGGUACCUCCUCACUCUUCAGUUCGUCCAACGUUUCACUCGCCUCCUCUAAGACCGACAUCACCACCGACGCUGUGGGGGAUAGCGCACUCGCUACGGGAGGAUUCCAGUCUGUACCGGCAUCCGAUAAGCUUUUUACAAAGCCCGAAGCAUCUAUCGAUGGCGAAGAAUGCCUCCACGACUGCUCAAGCUGUACCGUGAAAUACCCCGCAAAAUUUGAGGUGGACUUGGAGGAUGAGCUUUACGGGAAUGUGAAUGGGUGGGCGACACACAUGCUCGUUGCUACUGGCAAAUCAGAUUGGGUGCGCGAUGUUGCAGAUGAGAAAGGGAGUAUCAUGGAAGCAAUCGAGAAAGGAGGAGUCGAGCCCAGCAACGGGGUAAGCUACCUGUCCCCCAAACACGUUGGAUAG